AUGUCCUCUAAUAUGCCUCCCGGGGCAACGAAAAGCAAGCCCCUCUCUCCCUUCAAGAAGCGAGGAAGCUUGCAGUACACGGCCAGUACGGUCGAUCUCCGCGGUACCCGCCACCUCCUGACUUCCCAGCAUUCCUUGCCUGGGAUCCCCGUGGCCUUGAAACAGUCCAUAGACCUACGCACAUCUAUGGAUGGCAAGUACAAGGAAAUUGCCGAGGAACUCUUCUCCCGCAGCCUGGCAGAUAGCGAGAUGCGUAGCGCUCCUUAUGAAUUUCCAGAAGACAGUCCCAUUGAACAGUUAGAGGAGAGACGCCAUCGCCUGGAGCGGCAGAUAAGCCAAGAUGUCAAGUUUGAACCAGACAUCUUGCUGCGAGCUAAACAGGAGUUUAUGAAGACAGACAGCGCCACAGAUCUCGAAUACAUGAAGCAGCAGAGUCAAGCGCCAGACCUGCUGGAGAGAGAGCUGCUCCCUGAGAGGGAGUACCAACGAGUUACUAUCUCUGGAGAAGAGAAAUGCGGCGUACCAUUCACAGACCUGCUGGAUGCUGCAAAGUGUGUGGUGAAAGCCCUGUUCAUAAGACAGAAGUAUAUGGGCCAGUCGUUGCAAAGCUUCUGCCGAACCACCGCCCGAUACCUGCAGGAGCUAAGCGAGCGACCCCUUGAUUUAACCAUCUAUGAGGAGGAAAUCCAAGAGACAACGGAGGCCACUGUCACCGCAGAUGCCACAGUGCACCCACCCGUUUCUGGAACUCACCCGUACAAGAACAAGGAUCCCGCGAGUAUGCCCCCCGACAUCGGCUACGGCUGCAAGAUGGUGGAUGGCGUCAUGCACGUGUAUACAUCAACGCAGACCAUGGACAAGACCACAGAGCUGGACCUGCCAUAUCCCGACCUGCAGGAAUACAUCGCUGACAUGAACGUCAUGAUGGCCCUCAUUAUCAACGGACCGGUGAAGUCCUUCUGCUACCGCCGCCUGCAGUAUCUGAGCUCCAAGUUCCAGAUGCACAUUCUAUUGAAUGAGAUGAAAGAGUUAGCAGCACAGAAGAAAGUCCCACACCGAGACUUCUACAACAUCCGGAAGGUGGACACGCACAUCCACGCUUCCUCCUGUAUGAACCAAAAGCACCUUCUGCGUUUCAUCAAAAGAGCCAUGAAGAAGUAUCCCCGGGAGAUCGUGCAUGUGGAGAAAGGCAAAGGUCAGACGCUCAUGGAGGUGUUCGAGAGUAUGAACCUGACGGCUUUUGACCUCAGCGUGGACACCUUGGACAUGCACGCGGAUCGCAACACUUUCCAUCGAUUUGACAAAUUCAAUGCCAAAUACAAUCCCAUUGGCGAAUCCAUCCUGAGAGAGAUCUUCAUCAAAACGGACAAUCAUGUGGAAGGGAAAUACUUUGGUCACAUUAUUAAGGAAGUGAUGGCCGACCUGGAAGAGAGCAAGUACCAGAACGUGGAGCUCAGAUUAUCCGUAUAUGGCCGUUCCAGAGACGAAUGGAACAAGCUGGCCAAGUGGGCCGUCAGACACCAGGUCUACUCGGACAAUGUGCGCUGGCUCGUGCAAGUGCCGCGACUUUUUGAUGUCUACCACACAAAGAAGCAGCUGUCCAACUUCCAGGAGAUGCUGGAGAAUAUUUUCCUCCCUCUCUUUGAAGUCACAAUCCAUCCAGGCAGACACCCGGAGCUGCACCUCUUGCUUCAGCACGUGGUGGGUUUUGACAGUGUGGAUGAUGAGUCCAAACCAGAGCAACAUAUCUUCAACCUGGAUAGCCCGCUGCCAGCCACGUGGACUGAAGAGGACAAUCCGCCCUACUCCUACUACCUCUACUAUAUGUAUGCGAACAUGACAGUUCUGAAUCACCUACGCAGGCAACGAGGUUUCCACACCCUGGUACUACGUCCUCAUUGCGGCGAGGCAGGCCCCAUCCAUCACCUGGUGUCCGGUUUCAUGCUAUCUGAGAACAUCUCCCACGGGCUUCUGCUACGCAAGGCUCCUGUACUUCAGUAUUUGUACUAUUUGGCCCAGAUUGGUAUCGCCAUGUCACCACUCAGCAAUAACAGUCUAUUCCUCAGCUACCAUCGUAACCCUUUGCCCGAGUACCUUUCCAGAGGCCUCAUGGUCUCCUUGUCCACGGACGACCCUUUGCAGUUUCACUUUACCAAGGAACCCCUGAUGGAGGAGUACAGCAUUGCCGCUCAGGUGUGGAAGCUGAGCUCUUGUGAUAUGUGCGAGCUGGCCAGAAACAGUGUGCUGAUGAGCGGAUUCUCUCACAAGGUGAAGAGUUACUGGCUCGGACCGGACUAUGUCAAAGAAGGUCAGGAAAGCAACGACAUCAGGCGAACGAAUGUUCCGGACAUCCGGGUGGCGUAUCGCUACGAAACCAUGUGCGAAGAGCUCAAUUUGAUAACGCAGGCCAUCCGCACGGACGAACUCGACACCAUUGUGGAAGAGGAGAGCCUGAGCAUGGCUGCCGCUCAAGGAAAGCAAUAA